CGUGACACCACUCAAUUCUUGGUUGGCCUUUAUGGAAAUUCAAAAUAAUCACAUUAUCCAUGCAAUAAUUACCCCAACAACACACAAAGAUGGCGCCGUACUGUAUGGUUGCUAUUUUGUGAUUAUUUGUCCUUGUUUUAUAAUAAGCCUACUACUUAUAUUGAUUACUGCAUUGUUGGGAAAGAGUUUGCAAGAAAGCCAUUUCACUGUUCUUGUGCACGUGACAAAACUUGACAUUUGAACCUGAUUAUAACAGUUUAGAACUCCUCCCCCUACCUCUUGAACGCACCUGUGUACGCGCCCAACACCUACAGGUAAAGGUGUAUGUAAAGAGAACUGCGGGGGAAGGAAGAAUUAACGGUUGGACAAAUUCCGGAUACCGCUGCUAUGGCCGAGUCUCAGCUUCUGUGCAUGGACGAAGAUCAUGUCAACGAAAAGAUACCCGAAUCCAAAGCAGAGUUCUACUACUGCGAGGAGCAUCGAGCCGCGCUCGAGCAACUAUUGAAGAACGGUGAUGGCGCGUUCAAGAUGCGACUGAAAGAGGACAACGUCAGAGACUUUCUAUCCGCCUGCGAGAUUAAAUGGAUUCGAAAAACUUUUGAUGAAUAUGAUUCCGAUAGUGAGUCCGAGAAGGGCGAAUACGAAAAGGCUCAGGAGUCCAAUGCAGACUCGGGGGUCCACUCCACAUACUGGCCUCAGAUGUCGGACACGGAUGUCCCGCCGCUUGACAUCGGCUGGCCAGGCAGCACUAGUUUCUAUAAAGGUGUCACUCGAGUAUCCGUUCAUACCCACCCACCCAAAAACAAGGGGCCCCAUAUAAAAGAGGUUGUCAGGAGACUCAUUCAAGGAUCUAACAAGGUAGUAGCCGUGGUCAUGGACCACCUUACUGACCUGCAGAUCCUUCAGGACCUAUUGGACGCAGCACAGAGACGAGGGGUGGCUGUGUACAUCAUACUGGAGGCUCGUGGUAUGCCCCACUUCCUGGAUAUGUGCACUCGUUUACAGGUCACUGCUCUGCAUCUACGGAACCUGCGUGUGCGAACGGUGAAAGGUUCUGGGCUGGCCCUGUCAUUUGGCAGGCUGCCCGGCUCUCUGUGCUCCAAAUACAUGCUGGUGGACGGAGAAAAGGUUAUGUUUGGCUCUUACAGCUUCACAUGGAGCUCCUCUAGGAUGGACAGGAACACCAUCACAGUAAUGUCUGGGCAGGUGGUGGACUUCUUCGACAAUGACUUCAGGGAAAUGUAUGCUGUAUCUGAGAAUGUGGACCUUUACAAGGAGUUCCACAUAACCAAGCCUCCCAUGCCUGCGCCGGUACGGAAGGUGGUGGUCCCCAAGCCCCUGUUGAUAUCCACCUCCCGUUUCCAGGUGUCUCUAGGGGACUCUCGUGGGCAGGCUGACCAGAGGGUGCCUGCACAUAAAUACCACAACCCUAAGUAUUCUCUGGUGGUGGGGAACAGUCUCGGCCUCACUGGGUCCUUACAGGACCUCUCCACACUCAGAGACUCACUGGGCGGUGGACUCGGACGGAACGGACUGUCGACGCUACUCCAUGCCAAAGGGGGCAGUAGUGUGGAACUGGACAUGGUCACUGUGAAGUCCCCCAGUUCUCCUGUGGAGGAUGAGGAGGAUGGGAAGGGAGGUUCGCUGAAGCACCAGGCCUUAGGUGGAAAGAAACAACGCAGUUCUUUCAGGCUCUUCCUGAAAGGCAGAGGAUCCAAUCUCAACAGUGAGACUAUAGAGGAGGAUGGGGCCACUCCUUCAAACCCCUCUUCCAUCCGCCCAAACCCCUCCCCUAGCCGCCCAACCCCCACCCCUAGCCACCCAACUCCCUCCCCUAGCUGCCCAACCCCCUCCCUUGCCCAUCGAACCCCCUCCCCUACCCACCCAACACUCUCCCCUACCCACCCAAACCCCUCCCCUACCCACUUAACACCCUCCCCUACCCGCUCAAACCCCUCCGCGACCCACCAAAACCCCUCCACUACCCACUCAACACCCUCCCCUACUCACCCAACCCUCUCCCCUACCCGCCCAAACCCCUCCCCUACCCACUCAACACCUUCCCCCACCCGCCCAAACCCGUCCUCUACACGCAAAGUAUCAGAGACAAAUAGCAUUGCCACUGCGCACACAUUUGAGAUUGUAGAGAAACCGUCCCUGUUGAAAUGUAAGAACAAAAAGCCUUCAAAACUGCCUCAAAGAAGUAUGUCUCUAAUGACCCUCAACAAAGGAGAGGAUGACGGAAAGGGACACAAGAAGCCUUCCAAGAGGAACUGCAUCCAGUCCUGAGAUGAAGAGAGGGAGGUCAGGAUCAGCUGGGAGAGACAGUGCCAGAGGACAUUUUGAAGUAAUUGCCAGUAUCAGAUGCAGUAUUAGAUGGAGUAUAUUAAUGACAUGCCAUGGCAGGAGUAUAGUAAUGACAUGUCAUGGCUGGAGUAUAGUAAUGACAUGUCAUGGCAGGAGUGUGGUGCUUAGAUGUCAUGGCAGGAGUAUAGUGAUGACAUGUCAUGGCAGGAUUAUAGUGAUUACAUGUCAUGGCAGGAGUAUAGUAAUUACACGUGCUGCUCAUUCUAUGUACUACUAUAAUGUUCCUUAGUGAGACCGCCACUGCCUUAUCAGUUAGAGUAGUGAGAGUCUUCAAUGACCCACUGCCUUUAAUAUGAGCCUAAUGUUGUUGUUUAGCAGGAGUGAUCUGAUGCCACAUACCAGUGAGUGUCUCCUGAGUCCUGCCCGUCUCAGAUGGCAUUCACCACCUGAGUCAGGGAAAUGCCAAUACAGACUUGAUCGGUCAGUCAUUCGAUGCUUGAAAACUGAUCUUAUGUUACUGCUCACAUGUCAUAAGAAAUCAACAUGUUGUAUUGCUCUUCCCUGUAUCACUGUCAUUGAAACGGCUGCUUUUAAACCUAAAUAAAUGGAUGGCAUUAAAAACACAGGUAUAGAUGUAUUCUGAAUGUGUCUAUCCUUCAGGUUACUAUGGAGAAGGACAAGUGAUCAGCUCUCUUCUCUCACACAAGGUAUCACCUUACCAAGGGCACUUUGUUAAAUUGUUAGUGGACUGGCCCUAAACCUAUUUGACAUCAUAAAAAUUUCACUGGUCCCAGGUUUUAUCUGUCAUCUUAAUAAAAAAGAAGCAAUAGGGACUAAGACAUAUUUUGCUUAUUUUUUAUGCAUAGCAAUUACAAAGAGCAAAGGACAUUUUCUCAUUGAAAUUAUAGUGUGAAGUCUUGUAUAUAAAAAUGCCAAAGAUGUAUGAGACCACACAUACUUCAUGUAAUUGACUGACUUCCUAUCUCU